UCUGAAUUUCCCACCUCUGCAGUUCUUUGAUUCGCACAGCCAUUUCUAUCUCAGCCAAUUGGACCAUCGCGGAACCUUUGAUUCCUCCGUCUCACACACAUAAUCAAAUUAUCUUCUUGUUUGCUGACUACUUGUAUCUCGACUUCGAACUGGCAUCAUGACUACUCCCAUUCUCGCAGGAGCUCCGGGGGAAUGCUGCUUUACUGCAGUUAAGCACGAAGGGACACCUGCAGGGAGGAUCGAUACCAUUACUGGUGUGCCGACCUACGUUUCCGAGCCAAAGUCCCCUAAGACCACCCCAAAGCCGAAGGUUGUGCUGUUCUUUGCUGACAUUUACGGCCCUCUGUACAUCAACAACGAAUUGGUUCAAGACUAUUUUUCUUCUCAAGGAUUUUUCGUCGUUGGGGUCGACUACUUCCUCGGAGACCCAGUUUAUAUACACACAGAACCGGACUUUGAUAGGCCGGCAUGGAUAGAAAAGUCGAAGCAACAGGCGAAAGAGCUAAUGCCGCCAUGGAUGGCCGCCAUCCGGGAGAAAUACGGUCAGGAUGCGCAGUAUGCAGCCGUGGGGUACUGCUUCGGAGGUCCGUUCGUUUUGGAUCUGGCGGCUCGUGGAGAUAUCGUGGCUGGUGCUAUCGCGCAUCCAGCAUUCCUUACUGAAGACCACUUCAAGAAUAUCAAUAAACCUCUAUUUCUAUCAUGCGCGGAAAUCGAUCAUACCUUCCCGCUGGAGUCUCGCCGGCGCGCUGAGGAUAUCCUGAUUGAAAGAAAGACCGGCUAUUGUUUCCAGGUCUUUUCGGGAGUCAAACAUGGUUUUGCUUUGAGAGGCGAUCCCAAUGUCGGCGAUACUCGCUGGGCAAAGGAAGAGUCCGCACGAGGCAUUGCUAACUGGUUUCAGCGCUUUUACGCUGAGGACUUGCAGUUAGCCAAAUCAGAGUUGUGACAAUCUGUAGUACAGAAGGUACCCGCUAAGGCCAGUACUUUGUGAGGAGAGAAGGAGUUGCUAUGGACAACGAGAUAAAAUACGGCGAUAAGGCUUGAAAUCAAUAUACAUCAUAUCUUUAUCGUG